AGGAAACAGUAGUGAUGCGAAGGGGACUAGGGUGGGCCUGCCUCGGGGAGACACCACCAUUUCACCACCCAAGGUCGCCCCGGCUCGACGGCUCCCUCGGCAGGACUCCAGCUCUCCAGGGCCCAGAGCUCCAUGGCCAGGCACCAACUCCUCCUGGGCCUUCUCCUGCUGCUGCCCCCACUGGUCCCUGCCCCCUGCUACACGGCCACCCACUCGGAGUGCAAGCGGAAGCUCAGCUUCGUGCCCGGAGCGUGGCUGGCUGGGGAAGGUGUGGACGUGAGCAGCCUCCGCCGCUCAGGCGCCUUCCCAGUGGACACGCACAGGUUCCUUCGGCCUGAUGGCACCUGCACGCUCUGCAAAAACGCCCUGCAAGAGGGCGCCCCGCAGCGCUUGCCCCUGGCGCUCACCCACUGGAGGGCCCAGGGCUCCGGCUGCCAGCGGCAUGUGACCACCGCCAAGGCCAGCUCCGCCGAGGCUGUGGCCCGGGAAGCCGCUGCCAACAUCAAGAACGACUGGAAGGCAGGACUGGACGUGAACCCGCAGCCCAGCAACAACGUGCAGGUCUCGGUGGCCGGAUCACACUCCGGAGCGGCGGACUUCGCCGCCCAGAAGACCCACCAGGACCAGUACAGCUUCAAUAGCGACUUGGUGGAGUGUCGCCUGUACAGUUUUCACCUGGUGCACUCGCCCCCACUGCACCCCGACUUCAGAAAAGCGCUCAAGAACCUGCCCCCUCACUUCAAUACUUCCACGCAGCCUGCCUACCAGCAGCUCAUCUCCUCCUACGGCACCCACUUCAUCAAGUCCGUGGAGCUGGGGGGCCGCAUCUUGGCCCUCACGGCCCUGCGCACGUGCGAGCUGGCCCUGGAAGGGCUCACGGCCGACGAGGUGGCCGACUGCCUGGCCGUGGAAGCCCAGGUCAGCAUCAGCGGCCGCGCCGACUCCUCAAGCCAGUUCAAGGCCUGCGAGGAGAAGAAAAAGAAGCACAAAGUCACCACCUCCUUUCACCAGGCGUACCGGGAGCGCCACACCGAAGCGGUCGGUGGCCACCACGCCUCCACGUACGACCUGCUGUUCGGGGCUCAGGCGGGGCCGGAGAAGUUCUCCGACUGGGUGUCGGCGCUGGCCGGCAGCCCCGGCCUGGUGGACUACACGCUGGAGCCCCUGCACGUGCUGGUGGAAAGCGGGGACCCUCGGCGGGAGGCGCUUAGGGGGGCCGUGAGCCAGUAUCUGACGGGCAGGGCCCGCUGGAAGGACUGCAGCAAGCCCUGCCAACCAGGCCAGUGGAAGAGCCCCCGUGACCCAUGCCAGUGCGUGUGCGAUGGCUCCACGGUCACCACCCAGGACUGCUGUCCUCGCCAGAGGGGCCUGGCCCACCUGGAGGUGACCAUCGUCCAGGCGUGGAAUCUCUGGGGAGACGUGAGCACAGCGACGGACGCCUACGUGAAGGUCUUCUUCGGUAGCCGGGAGUUGAGGACCGGCACGGUGUGGAACAAUAAUAACCCCAGGUGGGCGACCAAGCUGGACUUCGGGAACGUGCUACUGGCCACGGGGGGACCCUUGAGGGUGCAGAUCUGGGAUGUGGAUAAUGGCUGGGACGAUGAUCUGCUUGGCUCUUGUGACCUUGCUCCAAAAUCUGGCUCCCACGAGGAGCAGUGCAACCUGAGCCACGGCCGUCUGAAGUUCCUCUACCACGCCAGGUGCUUGCCCCACCUCCGCGGGGGAACCUGCCUGGACUAUGCCCCCCAGGGGCUUCUGGGAGAACCGCCAGGAAACCGCAGUGGGGCCGUGUGGUGAGGGAACGGUGAGCUCCCAGCGCGGUGGCUGCAGGAGGCUCUCCCAGUGGGAGCCCUUCACAGUCCCAUCAGAUAGACGGAGACCGACGCUUGGACCUCUCAUUAAGGCAGCCGGGCUCAUAAGCCACCGUGAGUGUCCCUGUCCACACUACCUAGGCCCAUCGAUGUCCCCAAACUUACUUGAGAGUCUCUGCUGCACAGGCCAGAGCUAACUGGCCAGCAGCCUGUCAGAAGGCCAAGAAGUUGUCCCUACUGGGAUUCUAACACCCUCCCGCUCUGGCGAGGGAAGUGCAUCUGUUAGCCGAACUGCAUCCCUCGCUGCUCUUCUGUUUUCUUCGUGUCCCCUAUGUUGCCUCCGAUAACUCAAGGCCUGUGUCAUCAUGUGCUUG